AUGGAUGAGAAAUCGGUGGCAAAAGAAGCCCAAAAUGGCUCCGAGACAGAAUCAUUUUCUACGACAGAUAACUACGAACAGGAUCGAGAAUGGAUUAGACGCACUAAUCCCCAGGGCAUAUCUUCUCACCAGUCAGGUGUUGACGUUCAGAGAGCCGAGCAAGAAUUCUCGGAGUUGAAUAGGCAGUUUUCUAGCAUCUCUCACCAAGCUCACCGCGUAUCAACACAAGUCUCGAGGAAAUCCAAAGUGGUUGUAGAGAGCGAGGAUGUGGAGAAUUCAGCAACCUCGGCUGAUACUGAUGAACCAUGGGAUCUCGAGACUGCACUGCGCGGCAGCCAGACCGCUGCGAUCGAGGCUGGUAUCAAAAACAAACACAUCGGUGUCAUAUGGGACAACCUUACGGUUCGUGGACUCGGGGGCAUUAAAACCUACAUCAAGACGUUUCCUGACGCGUUAAUGGACUUUUUCAAUGUCCCGGGUCUGAUAAUUGACUUGCUGGGUUUUGGGAAGAAAGGCCAAGAAUUUGAAAUCUUGAAGGAUUUCAAAGGCGUUCUGCGUCCCGGGGAGAUGGUGCUCGUGCUAGGGCGUCCCGGCUCGGGCUGUACGACAUUUCUCAAGGCGAUCACGAACCAGCGAUUUGGGUAUACAGGGGUGGAUGGAGAGGUGUUAUACGGUCCAUUCGAUGCCGAGUCGUUCUCCAAGAGGUUUCGAGGAGAGGCUGUCUACAACCAGGAGGACGACGUCCACCAGCCAACUCUCACCGUCAAGCAAACACUGGGUUUCGCAUUGGACACAAAGACACCAGGCAAGCGACCACUCGGCGUGUCCAAGGCCGAUUUCAAAGAAAGGGUGAUAGAAAUGCUGCUCAAGAUGUUCAAUAUUGAACACACCGCCAAUACCGUUGUGGGAAAUCCGUUUAUUCAUGGCGUCUCGGGAGGAGAAAAGCGUCGGGUUAGCAUAGCGGAAAUGAUGAUCACGUCGGCAACAGUGUUGGCAUGGGAUAACAGCACCCGUGGCUUGGAUGCUUCGACUGCUCUCGACUUUGCCAAAUCCCUUCGGAUCAUGACCAAUAUUUACAAGAUCACGACUUUUGUUUCGCUAUAUCAAGCCUCAGAGAAUAUAUACAAGCAAUUUGACAAAGUCCUCGUCAUUGACAAGGGCCGCCAGGUUUUCUUUGGUCCAGCUGCUGAAGCAAGAUCCUAUUUCGAAGACCUUGGUUUCAAGGAGAAGCCUCGUCAAACUACUCCCGAUUAUCUGACCGGCUGUACGGACUUUUUUGAGCGAGAAUUCAAGGAAGGUCGAAGCGCAGAAGAUGUCCCCUCAACCCCAGAUGCCCUCGCAGAGGCAUUCAACAACUCCACGCACCAUGGCAGUCUUGUGCAAGAAAUGGAUGCGUACCGAAGGCAGAUUCAACAAGAAAAACACAUAUAUGAAGAAUUCGAGCUGGCCAACCAAGAAGCGAAGCGCAAGUUCACUCCAAAGUCUUCGGUGUAUUCAGUCCCAUUCUAUCUGCAGAUUUGGGCUCUCAUGCAACGCCAGUUCUUGAUCAAAUGGCAGGAUAAAUUCGCGUUGACUGUCUCCUGGAUAACGUCUACGGGGGUAGCUAUUGUUUUAGGCACCGUUUGGCUGAAACAGCCCCAAACAAGCGCAGGUGCCUUUACCAGGGGUGGUCUUCUGUUUACUAGUCUGCUCUUCAACGGAUUCCAGGCAUUCUCUGAGCUUGCUUCCACCAUGAUGGGCCGGUCCAUCGUCAAUAAGCAUCGCCAAUUCACGUUUUACCGACCAAGUGCUCUGUUUAUCGCUCAAAUCCUGGUUGAUGCUUCGUUUGCCAUAGCGAGAAUCCUUGUCUUCAGCAUCAUAGUGUACUUCAUGUGUGGCUUGGCUUUGGAUGCAGGAGCCUUUUUCAUCUUCGUCCUGAUAAUAUUCAUCGGGUACAUCGACAUGACCGUCUUUUUCCGCACGAUCGGUUGCAUGUGUCCGGGUUUUGAUCACGCUAUCAAUUUCGUCUCCGUGCUGAUCACUUUGUUCGUGCUUACCUCGGGCUAUUUGGUACAAUGGGCAAGCGCACAGGUAUGGCUGAGGUGGAUUUAUUUCAUCAAUCCAUUCGGCCUCGGCUUCGCGGGUCUAAUGGUCAACGAAUUCAGCCGUCUGAACAUGACGUGUACUCAAGAGUCCUUGGUACCAAGUGGACCGGGGUAUAAUGACAUUGCUCAUCAGGCAUGUACGCUCGCUGGGGGUGAACCAGGCUCUGCUAUUGUCCCAGGUGCUAGUUAUAUUGGAACCACGUUCAACUAUAUGAAAGGUGAUCUCUGGCGGAAUUUCGGUAUCAUGAUAGCCCUCAUUGUUGGGUUUCUUGGAACGAACUUGUACCUUGGAGAAGCAGUUCGCUUCGAUGAAGGAGGCAGAACCGUCACCUUUUAUCAGAAAGAAAACAAGCAGAGAAAAGCCCUGAACGAUGACUUGAUGAAGAACUGGGCCAGCCGGCGCUCAAAGGAGAAAGAUGCGGUUGGAACCGAACUCGAAAUCACAUCCAAAUCCGUGCUGACCUGGGAAGAUGUCUGUUACGAUGUUCCUGUGCCCUCUGGAACCAGGCGGCUCCUCAAAUCUGUCUACGGAUAUGUCCAACCUGGAAAGCUAACAGCAUUGAUGGGAGCCUCAGGAGCAGGGAAGACGACGCUACUGGACGUUUUGGCAGCAAGAAAGAACAUCGGGGUCAUCAGCGGUGACAUAUUAGUGGACGGAGCACCGCCUGCCACGUCUUUUCAGCGAGGAACGUCUUAUGCUGAGCAAUUGGAUGUUCAUGAGUCGAUGCAGACAGUAAGAGAGGCAUUGCGUUUUUCUGCGGAGCUCCGUCAGCCCUAUCAAACGCCGCAACCGGAGAAAUUUGCAUACGUCGAAGAGAUCAUCGCACUUCUUGAAUUGGAAAAUCUAGCAGAUGCCAUCAUCGGGACGCCGGACACGGGUCUUUCAGUCGAAGAAAGGAAGCGGGUUACGAUCGGAGUUGAGCUCGCCGCAAAGCCGGAAUUACUCCUCUUUCUCGACGAACCGACCUCGGGCCUAGACAGCCAGUCUGCUUUUAACAUUGUGCGGUUCUUGCGAAAACUUGCAGCCGCUGGCCAGGCCAUUCUAUGCACUAUCCAUCAACCAAACUCUGCACUCUUCGAAAAUUUCGACCGCCUACUUUUGCUACAGAGAGGAGGCGAAUGCGUGUACUUUGGCGAUAUUGGAGAAGACUCCCAAAUCCUGCUAGAUUACUUCCACCGCCAUGGCGCAGAUUGUCCUGCUGAUACCAAUCCGGCGGAAUGGAUGCUCGACGCAAUUGGCGCCGGCCAGACUCGCCAGAUUGGCGAUCGCGACUGGGGUGAGAUUUGGCGCACGUCCCCAGAGAUGGAACAAGUGAAGCGAGAGAUCAUUGAGAUUAAGGCCAGUCGCGCAGAGCAAGCUCGUCAGCAUGAUGGGUCUCAGAUUGUGCACAAGGAAUAUGCAACGCCAUUGUGGCAUCAGAUUAAGGUCGUCUGCAAGCGGACCAACAUUGUCUUUUGGCGAUCCAGUAAAUAUGGAUUUACUCGCUUUUUCACUCAUCUUAGUAUCGCAGUGAUUACCGGCCUUGCGUUCUUGCAGCUCGAUGACUCCCGUGCUUCGUUGCAAUAUCGGAUCUUCAUCAUCUUCAACGUGACCAUCAUUCCGAUCAUCAUUAUUCAACAAGUCGAGCCACGGUACGAAAUGUCGCGAUUAGUAUUUUACCGAGAGUCCGCCUCGAAGACAUACAAAGAGUUUGCCUUUGCCUUGUCCAUGGUGGUAGCUGAGAUUCCGUACUGCAUUUUCUGCGCCGUCAUCUUCUUCCUGCCUCUUUUCUACAUCCCGGGAUUUCAGUCCGCUUCCAGUCGUUCUGGCUAUCAAUUCUUCAUGAUCCUAAUCACGGAACUUUUUGCCGUCACACUCGGCCAGGUGAUUGCAGCAUUGACUCCAAACAGUUUUAUUGCCUCGCAAAUCAACCCUCCUAUCACGAUCUUGUUCUCGUUGUUCUGUGGUGUUAUGGUUCCAAAACCACAGAUCCCAAAGUUUUGGCGAGUAUGGCUCCAUCAGCUCGAUCCUUUCACACGCAUUGUCGGUGGAAUGGUAACCACCGAGCUCCAUGACCGACCCGUCACCUGCAGUCCCGGUGAAUAUAACCACUUCGAGGCUCCUCCAAAUCAGACCUGUGGGGAGUACAUGCAGCCAUUUUUCGACAAGGGCGGCGUGGGGUACCUGGCAGAGAAUGCCACCCAGGCCUGCAAGUACUGUGCAUUCAAGCUCGGGGAUCAAUUUUAUCAAACCUUUGAGAUGAAGUUUGAUAAUAGGUGGCGAGACCUGGGGAUCUACACGGCCUAUAUCGGGUCGAAUCUGAUCAUCAUAUUCUUGGCGGCACGCUAUUUGGCGUACAACCGGAGAUAA